AUGCUGUACAAACCUCGAAAAUGGGGAAUCGACAUCCCAGUUCCGGAUGGCGCAGGAGGAAACACCCUCUGUCGCCUUCUCUUGUCCAAGUUUCCUCUCUGGACGGCCUUCACAGCUUCAGUACUCAAUCUCACAUGCGUGACCUUGGAGCGAUACUUCAGCAUCGUCCAUCCUCUUCAUUACGAUGCUGUCUUCACGGCCAGGAAGGCCGGGCUGAUGAUCUUUAGUGUCUGGGUGUUUGGAUUCGUCAUGAAUAGCUACAUGCUGUAUGUCUUCUACAAUGAUGACGGGACCUGCAUGCUCCGAUGGCCCAACGUCGGUUACCAGACCUUCGUAGGCGUGGCCAACUUUUGCGUCAUCUACGUCAUCCCAAUCACAGUCAUGGGGAUCUCCUAUUGGUUGAUCAUGUCCAAUCUCCAAGCCAGUGCACGGAAGCUUCGUCAGGAGACCCGAGAAGGCAAGUCCGGACCAAUGUCUCUGGAGCUCUUGAGCGCCAGAAAGAAGGUUGUCAAGAUGUUGGCCGUAGUUGUCGUGACCUUCGCCAUCUGUUGGGCUCCGAACCAGUUCGUGUUUUUCGCGUACAACUGUGGUUGGAACCUUGACUUUGACCAGUGGUACUACCAUCUCACUGUUUUGGUCGCCUUCUGUAAUAGCUGUAUGAAUCCUUUCAUAUAUGCCUUCAAGAGCAAGCAGUACCGGAAGGCACUUCGGGCUGCAGUUUGUAGUAAGAAAUGGACAACUACUGUCAGUAGCUUUGAGGGCACCAAUCCAAGUGCAAUAGGCUCUUCUGUCGCAAAAUGA